UGGCACCCUCCGGAGCUACCACCUCAGGCUGGGCGAUGCCAUGCUGGCCCAGAGGAACGGGCUCCCUCCGGGCUGUAAGCCGGGUCCUCUGAAGGAUCACCCCGACCUGCGGGAUGUGGACGUGAACGCGGAGGGAUGCUGCUCCCUGUCUCCCUCCCCGACGUCCGGAGGCUGCCCGUGGGCCCGGCUGGCCGGGGUGGACGGCUGCCUGUCCGAGCCCUACUGCCUCUGGUUCCAGCUGCUGGCCAGAGCCUACUGGGGCGAGGUGGAGCUGGGACUCACCAGUCCCAACCGCAGCGUGUCCUGGGCUCGGCUGCGAGAAGCCUCCCGAAAGAACUGCGUUCGAUCUCGGGCAAAGCAAAAGGAUGGGCGCGAUCAGAGCGAGACGUCGGCCACGGCUUCUCCCGGGGCAGAGGAGGAGCCUUUCUCCUGGCCGGGGCCCAAGACGCUCCGCCUGCGGCGGACCUCGCAGGGCUUCGGCUUCACGCUGCGGCACUUCAUCGUCUACCCGCCCGAGUCGGCCGUGCACAACUCGCUGAAGGAUGACGAAAAUGGCAGUCGAGGGAGACAGAGGAACCGUCUGGAGCCAAUGGACACCAUUUUCGUCAAGCAAGUGAAGGAGGGAGGCCCCGCCCACGGAGCUGGACUCUGUACAGGGGAUCGGAUCGUGAAGGUGAAUGGGGAGAGCAUCAUUGGAAAGACGUACUCACAAGUCAUCGCUUUGAUCCAGAACAGUGAUGCCUCGCUGGAGCUGUGUGUGAUGCCAAAGGAUGAGGACAUUUUGCAGCUGUUUUCCAGGGAUAUCACUGCUCUGGCGUAUUCCCAGGAUGCAUACCUCAAAGGAAAUGAGGCAUACAGCGGAAAUGCCCAGAACAUCCCCGAGCCCCCUCCUAUAUGCUACCCUCGGAUAGAAGUGAAGGCUGCGGGCAUGGCCCAGCCGCCGGAGCCCGCCGCGGCCAGCGAGGGCCCCCGAGGGCCCGGCCAGGGCGCAGGACGGCAGAGCUACCGGGUGGAGAUCCCUGUCCCGCCGUCUCCUCCUCCGCCCCAGCAGACCGUCUGUCCUGAGGGCGCGAGGACGGCGCCGAUGCCCGCCGACGCCGUCGACAGGGGGUCCCGGGUGGCCCGGGCGGGGCCCAGCCACAGGACGGAGGAAAACCGGUGGCCCUCGGCAGAUUCAGGCUCGGUCAGACCCAGACCAGUCAUCCCCUCGGUACCCGGGGGGGCACAGCUGCAGUACCCCUCCUCCCAUCCCACAGAAGCCCCGGCCUACGCCCCUCCCGCGACCUCUCGACCUCCGGCGGUUUACAGCGACGCCCUCUCUCCUCCCGUACGAGCCAGUCUCACUGCCACCUCGCCGGAGCCGCUGCCCGCUGCCAUCUCCCCCAACGCCAACCACUGCUCUCCCUCCACCGCCUCCCCCCACCAGAACAUCGACUGGAAAAACUACACCACCUAUAAGGACUACAUCGACGCUAAGAGGCUGCACACGUACGGCUGCCGCACCAUCCAGGAGCGCCUCGACAGCCUCCGGGCGGCCGCCAACUCCAGCUCCGCCUACACCCAGCAGCGUACCCCACCCCCGGUGUGUGCCGGGCAGCGGGGGGCGUCGGCCUCACAGGUCCGACGACGGAGCGCGUCCAACGACCGGGGGACGGACUCGGGCAGUCCGGGCGCCGCGGCGGCGGUUCCGUUACGCAGCGUCUCGCAGGAGAAGCUGGGGACAGAAAGAACAGCGCCUCCCAGGAACUGGCCUCGCAGCGCUUCCCAGGAUGCCCUGCCUUUCUCCCCGCCCACGGGGGUGCCCAAAGCUCGGGCAAGGUCUUGUGACUACCUGGGCCAGCAGCAGCAGCAGGGAGAGCCGGCCGGCGGCGGCUCCGGGGACAGGCUGGGGCUGCAGGACAAGCUGCCGGCGUGCCGGGGGGAGGACGGCCGGGUGGGCAGGCAGGGCUCAGGCGUGAGAGCUUUACCUCAUCUGAACAGGACUGUCUCCGGACAGGAGGACGACGGGCGGCUGGGCGCGGCGUUGAGCUCGUCUCCUGCUGCUCCGGUGUUUGUUAAAGGUACGACAGACUCUGCGCUGACGCCGCGGACAGACGGCCUCAUCAUGAGGCCGUCACGUCUGCCCGUCAAGAACUCCAUCUUGGACCCUUCGCCUGCCUUACCCGCCGCUAAAGCCGCAGAUCCUCUGAAAGACCAAAGAGUUAGCAUCCUGGGCAACCACCUGGGCUACCCCUCCCCUCCUCACCUGCAGCUCAGGGGCAGGGCGGACAGUCUGAAGAUGGAGAGCCGGCCGGAGUCUGGGCUGGGAGCCAGAUCCUCCUCUUGCUCUGGUCCCUCUUCUAAACUGCCUUUGCAACGACAGCUACAAAGCACAGUCUCCACCAAUUCCUCCACUCCCAACAGCACCAUGACCCAGAAGCCAAAGGUCAAAGAGUUCUCCAGCUCCACCGGCACCCUCGUACGGACUAACGGUGGCAUCUCAGAGGGGGUCGAAGGGCCUGACGCCACGGUUGUCGUCCUGAGGAGGGACAAGAACUCUGCGUCGGCUCACAUCCGUCCUCCCUCCUACGUGCUCGCCGUUAAUGACAACCUCCGAGGACUGAUUCACAAGUCUCCGCCGCUGGUGAAGGCAGGCUCUGCAGAUGGAGCCAUGUGCUGGAUGUCCAGCGACAGCAGGGAAAACCUCAGGAGGCUCGGCGACAUGAAGUCUGGCUCCAACAACCUGGACGACUCCCUGGACUCCAUCCCCUUCAUCGACGAACCGUCCAGCCCCAGCCUGGACCUGGACAGCGCACACAUUCCCGCCUGCUCCGUGAUCUCCGGCACGCCGCUCAUCACCACCAUCCCGCCCAGCCCCACCUCCCCCUCCCCCCUCAUUCGGCGACAGCUGUCCCACGACCAAGAUUCUCUCCGUCUCACAAUUAUUGAGUCAGAUUCUGGUACGAAAACCGAGCGGUCCAAGUCGUACGAUGAAGGCCUCGACAACUACCGGGAGGAAAGCAGAGGGAAGUCUCUGAUACCUGGUCUGAAAAGUCUGAGGAAGGCCACGGACAGGUCGUCGGAAGACUCGGGCUCCAGGAGGGAUUCGUCAUCGGACGUCUUCUGCGACGCCACCAAGGAGGGUUUGCUGCACUUUAAGCAGCUUCACACAGACAAGGGAAAGCGCGUCGGCGGCGGCAUGCGGCCGUGGAAGCAGAUGUACGCCGUGCUGCGGGGCCACUACCUCUGCCUGUACAAGGACAAGAAGGAAGGGCUGGCUCACGCCAACGGCCAGACGGCGGACGAGCCCGUCCAGAUCAGCAUCAAGGCCUGCCUCAUCGACAUCUCCUACAGCGACACCAAGCGCAAGAACGUGCUGAGGCUGACCACGUCCAACUGCGAGUACCUGUUCCAGGCCGAGGACCGCGAGGACAUGCUGGCCUGGAUCAGGGUCAUCCAGGAGAGCAGCAACCUGGACGAGGAGAACGCAGUCUUCACCAGCCAUGAUCUCAUCAGCAGGAAGAUCAAGGAGUACAACACCUUGAUGAGCCCGACAGGCAGCAAGACGGAGCCGUCGCCCAGAACGUCACGCCAGUCGCUGAGCAUCAGGCAGACGCUGCUGGGAGGCAAAGGGGAGCCCAAAGCAACCAGUCCGCACUCACCCAAACCCGAGCCGGAGAGGAAGAACAUGCACAAAGAUGACACCAGUCCUCCCAAGGACAAAGGGACGUGGAGGAAAGGCAUCCCGGGCCUGAUGAGGAAACCCUUCGAGAAGAAACCGUCUCCCGGAGUCACGUUCGGAGUGCGGCUGGACGACUGUCCUCCCGCACAGACCAACAAGUUCGUGCCUCUGAUCGUGGAGGUCUGCUGCAAGCUGGUGGAGGAGAGGGGCUUGGAGUACACGGGCAUCUACAGAGUCCCCGGGAACAACGCUGCCAUCUCCAACAUGCAGGAGGAGCUCAAUAACAAGGGCAUGAACGAUAUCGAUAUCCAGGACGAUAAAUGGAGGGACCUGAAUGUCAUCAGCAGUUUGCUCAAGUCAUUUUUUCGCAAGCUUCCAGAGCCCCUGUUCACCAAUGAUCGGUACACAGACUUCAUCGAGGCCAACAGAAUCGAGGACCCGGUGGAGAGGCUCAAGGUUCUCAAGAGACUGCUUCACGAGCUGCCGGAUCACCACUAUGAAACCCUCAAGUUUCUUUCAGCUCAUCUCAAAACUGUGGCUGAAAACUCUGAGAAAAAUAAGAUGGAGCCCAGGAACCUGGCCAUCGUGUUCGGGCCCACCCUGGUGCGCACCACCGAGGACAACAUGACCCACAUGGUGACACACAUGCCAGACCAGUACAAGAUAGUGGAGACCCUCAUUCAGAACUAUGACUGGUUUUUCACUGAUGAUGGAAAUGGAGAGCCAGUGACCGUGUCCCAUGAGGAGAGCGCCGUGGAGUCCCAGCCCGUCCCCAACAUCGACCACCUGCUGACCAACAUCGGCCGGACGGGCACGUCGCAGGGCGAAGUAUCAGAUUCACCCACUAGUGACUCGGCUAAAUCAAAGGGUUCCUGGGGUUCAGGGAAGGACCAGUGCAGCCGAGAGCUGCUGGUCUCCUCCAUCUUUGCUGCAGCCAGCCGCAAAAGAAAGAAGUCCAAGGAGAAGCCACAGCCUAGCAGCUCAGAUGACGACCUGGAUGCAGUUUUUCCCAAGAAGGAAAUCCCCGGGCCCAAGCUGAACCCUCAGAGCGAGGCGCGUCUCAGCCCCGGCGUCAAACCCGCCACCAAGCAGCUGGUCCGGGCCGAGGAGAGGAAGGAGAACGGGAGAGCUGUGGAGCUCGCGUCUAAAGCCAAGAGGAACUCCAUGUUCCUGAAGGAGAAGACUCCGCCCAGACACCCCUCGCCCUCGCCGUCCCCCGUCGUAUCCGGCUCCCCCAACAUCAGCUACCAAACUGCCCCUCAGGGUAAGUCCUCCCUGUCGGACCCCCCCUCCCAGCUGGACGAAAAUACCUCAGACCUCGGGACCAUGAGCUCAGGAGCCUCAGUGCCGCGGUCCAGACCCAAAAAGUGGACCGUGGGAGCGACCGCUGACGUAGCGGCGUCCGGUGGUCCGGGAGCCGUGGCGGGGGCUUCUGCCGGCGCGGAGGUCAGCUCCAUCACCUCCGACUACUCCACCACCUCCUCCAUCACCUUCCUGACCGGAGCGGAGUCCAGCGCGCUCAGCCCGGAGCUGCAGGGCGGCGAGGAGGCCGACGACGAGCGCAGCGAGCUCAUCAGCGAGGGGCGCCCCAUGGAGACGGACAGCGAGAGCGACUUCCCGGUCUUCGCCCCGGGAGGCGGCAGCAGCCAGUCCACGCCGUGCCCGGAGCCCGGCCUGGAGAGGACGGAGCAGAGGGGCAGCGUGGGGGCGGCCGAGGGGAGCACCACGCCCAAACUGGAAUCGCGACGCCUCUUCCCGUCUCACAGGAUGAUCGAGUGCGACACGCUGUCCCGGAGGUGGUCCCUGAGACAGAAAACGGACAGCGAGUCGUCGGUGGAGGGCACGGCGGGGAGCGGCGAGGGCAGAGCGGAGGCCUCCAACCGCCUGUCCCGAGUCCUGGAGGUGAUGAAGAAGGGCCGAUCCACCAGCAGCAUCAGCUCGUCGUCGCGCAGCGAGUCGGACCGCCAGGAGCCCGCCUGGCACCUCAAGAUCACCGAGCGGCUCAAGUUCAGGUUGCGGACCUCCGCCGACGACAUGUUCACCCCGAAGAGCCGGGCUCCCGACGCCCGCGGGAAGAAGAAGAACAUCCGGCGGCGGCACACCAUGGGCGGGCAGAGAGACUUCGCAGAGCUGGCGGUGAUCAACGACUGGAGGGAGCAGGGCGGGGGGGACCAGGCGGCCGAGCUGUCGGCUCUGGACCGCCUGAAGCCCCGGUGCUCCUCGCAGGACUUCUCCAUCCGGGACUGGAUCGCCAGGGAGCGCUGCAGAGGCUCCGAGCCCAGCCUGGAGGUGGCGCCCAAAGCCGUCCCCGAGGACGACCAGCCCGACGCCCAGGACGCCGCCCCCGAGACGCCCCUGCAGCCGGCCUCCGUCAGCGCCCAGCCGCUGGCGGGGGAGAACGCCAACGGGAGCGGCCCGCAGGGCAAAAGCAAAGCCUCCCUCGGGGCGGACGCUCACCCUCACAAACUCUCCGGGGCACAAGUGGUGCGCUCACGGUUCUACCAGUAUCUGUGAAACGGGCUGAGUAGUCUGACGUGACGAGGAAAAAAAAAAAACAAACUACAUGAAUGAA